AUGCCGACAAGCUUGAGAUACGAUCCGGAGUAUCUCGCGUGGCGCUCAGCGCAAAACCUUGGACCGCCACCACGCUUCGCCAAUGUAUUUGACCUACGAGAGUACGUCAAUCGCCGCAUGACGGCCGUCCAUGCGCAGUAUCCUUUACACUCAAGGGUUGAGCAGAAGCAUUACAGCGUCACAAGCUAUGACGGCGCUCAGAUAUCAGUAGUCCGCUUCGCAACUGCUUCCCACUACGACCAAGACUCGGCUCAGCCUGCUAUUGUCUACGGCUUCGGCGGCGGCACUGUUUCAGGUAGCGUACAGAUUUUUGCGCCCGAGAUUGCAGACUACGUCGCAGAAUCUUGCGUCCAGUUCUUCGCGGUUGGCUAUCGACUGGCUCCCGAGCACCCAGCGCCGACCGCCGUUGAGGAUUUCUUCGCUGCCGUGAAAUGGCUAUCAGAGUGCGCCAAGGAGCUCUCCGUGGACGCUGAACGUAUCGGCGUCAUGGGAAACUCGGCAGGAGGAGGCAUUGCGGCCGGAGCGGCUUUACUCGCCCGGGAUCGAAAGCUUCUGCCCCAGGUGGCAAAGCAAAUCUUGAUUUACCCCAUGCUCGAUGAUCGCAGCCUUUCACGCGUCACAUCCGACUCGCCCCUGACACCAUUUCUUACUUGGAACUGGGAGGAGAGCCAUCUCUGUUGGGUCGCGUACCUUGGCGGGACACGGACCGCAAACCCAGAAGAAGACGUCAGCCCCUAUGCUGUCCCAGCGAGACACAAGAGCCUUGCCGGUCUCCCUAGCACAUAUAUCGAUAUCGGAAAUCUAGACUUAUUUCGAGACGAGGUGAUGGACUACGUGGCGAGGAUGGCUGCUGAAAAUAUCGACGUGGAGUUCCACCUGAUCCCCGGAGUACCACAUACCUUUGACUAUGCCUUCUCGACCAGUAAAGCCAGGGAAGCAAAGAGAGCACGCGUCAAGGCUUUACAGAGUUUCUGA